AUGCGAAAGCCACCCCAGGAUCGGCCCGGUGCUACCAAGAUGCUGUUCUGUAAGAUCCGAUCCGAGAUCGGCGAUUGCAUGGGUAGCUUGAAGGCUAUGGAGCAUCUGUCAGAAGACGGUACUAUGGCCGAAAGGAUAAUUGCCGAAGAGCGCGCCAUUGAUACUCUCGAGAGCAGACUGGAAGACGCUUAUCUGAAGGACUGUGACAGGUCGAUCCCUCCCCACCAAUUGGCCUUGUAUAUGGCACGAUCUUCCGUCUGCCAGAUGCGUCUGGCAGCCCGACAUUCCCGUCGAUGUACGCAUCUCUCGUCGGAUGAUAGGGACCAGCUGUUCUCCCUUGGCCUUCAGGUACUCACGUACUAUAAUUUGACCUAUGCGAACUAUGAUCUUCAGCCGUAUAUCUGGCGCGUUGAAAUGAGUUUCCGCUUCGAAGCGUUUAUUCUAGUGGUUACGGAGGUGUCAUCCUGA